AUGGCAUCGCCUGAUGCUCUGACAAGGCAGCAGAAAAUCAGGGGCGGCGUCUGGGCCAUAGCCUUUGCCGCCGUGAUUAUGGUUGGAACCCUGACGGGGGCACAGCUCAAGUCGGACAAGCAGAAAGAGCAGGCCAUCAAGGAGUUCCGCCAGGUUACCCCUUCAGAGCAGAUCGCCAUGCUCCAGAAGCAGCGAUCUAUCCUUGUCGACCAAAGGGCAGCUCUUCAGAAGAAACUGGACGUGUUCAAGGAGCGUGUCCGGGAGAGGCAUCAACCGCAGGAACCCUCCCAGAAAUCGUAG